AUGAAAAAAACAUUUACACAAAAAUCUCUCUCUCUUGAUGCUAUAAAUGUGAAUGCCAAGGAGACAAUGAGAGGCAUAUGGGUGAUCUAUAUAGUUCAUAACGCUUCUUCCUUUUUCUUCUUUCAUACCAAAACAACAUAACCAUGGUUGUUCUUUCUAAACCAACAUUAAACAAUUUCUCACUUGUUAAAUCAAUCAAACCAACAACAACAACAACGUUGUCAAAUGGAAUUCCUGUUGUUGACCUCACAGACCCUGAAGCUAAAACACUUAUAGUCAAAGCUUGUAAGGAAGUUGGAUUCUUUAAAGUUGUUAACCAUGGUGUUCCAUUGGAACUCAUGUCCAAUUUGGAAAACGAAGCACUUAGAUUCUUUACAAAACCUCAAACAGAGAAAGACAGAGCAGGUCCUCCUGACCCUUUUGGUUAUGGUAGUAAGAGAAUUGGAUCAAACGGUGAUGUUGGUUGGGUUGAGUAUAUACUUCUUAAUACUAAUCCUCAUGUUUUUUCUUCAAAAUCUAUUUCUAUUUUCCGUGAAAAUCGACUCAAUUUAAGGUGUGCUGUGGAAGAUUAUAUUGAAGCAAUGAAGAAGAUGUGUUGUAUGGUGUUGGAAUUAAUGGCAGAAGGAUUGGGGAUAGAAAGAAAGAAUGAGUUGAGCAGAUUAUUGAAAGAUGAGAAAAGUGAUUGUUGUUUCAGAAUGAACCAUUACCCACCGUGUCCUGAGGUGCAACUUAGGAAUGUGGUGGGGUUUGGGGAGCAUACAGACCCACAAAUUAUUUCUGUUUUGAGAUCAAAUAGCACUUCUGGUCUGCAAAUAUGUCUCUCUGAUGGAACUUGGCUUUCUGUUCCACCUGAUCAUACUUCUUUUUUCAUCAAUGUUGGUGAUACUCUUCAGGUAUUGACUAAUGGUAGAUUCAAAAGUGUAAAGCACAGGGUUAUGGCUGACACAACAAAGUCAAGGUUGUCGAUGAUAUACUUUGGAGGACCACCCUUGAGUGAAAAGAUAGUGCCUUUACCUUCAUUAAUGUUAAAAAAAGAGGAGAGUUUGUACAAAGAGUUCACAUGGUGUGAGUACAAGAAAGCUAUGUACAAUUCAAGGCUGGCUGAUAAUAGGCUUGGCCCUUUUGAAAUUAAAUCUUAUGCCAAAUAGCUCUAAUUUUUCCUCUAUUUUGGCACAUACUAUUUGGCCUUUCUUUUUGGUUCUUCAGUGUUUUUUAUUCCAAAUACUUGACUCUACUUGACAUAUAGAGUAUAUAUAGAGAAUUAAUAGGUUGUUUAUCAUGCUCAUUCCUUUUUUAUCUUUCGUAUUCUUCUACUUUUUGUUCAAAUGAAGGUUACUAUAACCCUUCUAUUGUAAUUGCAAUCAAAAUCUUGUAAUAUGUUUUUUUUUAAGGAAACUUGUGAUA